UCCUCGCACGGUUCGCAUCGUUUUGAUCGGCUUUCUCUCGUCUUGCUUAAUAUCCAUUCACACGAGUUCGAGUGCGUGUUUUACGUCUUUACGUCGAGACGAAUAAACAACAUUUGAUUUGGACAGAGGAACAAAAAAAAAAAGGUUUCAAAGGAUAUAUUGUUUCAUUAAAUCUUCCUCCUUGACACAUUUCGUGGAAUUAGUGCACUGACGACUCUGUCGUCGAGAGUGUUUAAUUUUCUGUGUUUUAUAAAAAAAAGCAGCAGUAGUUAAUGAACUCUUUGCGCGGCCGUCAGCAUGACCAGGUCUAGAUUGGCGUCAAGUAGGAGCGAGCAAUGAAGAUGCCGAUGCUCGGUGUCCGCGUAUCAGUGAAAAGUGAAAAAUAGUUGAGUGUGGAAAAUUAGGUAAUAAUAGUCGAGUAGUUUGCAAACGCGAGUACGCGUUUCACUCGAACUCGCUUUCAUUGGAACAAGUGCAUAUCGAUGUGAACAUUUCACUCCACCCGUUGAUGCCAAAUAGUGCCAAAGUAUUCAAACAAAAUUCUGAUGGUCUGAACCUAGCUAGCUUGUGUGGCAACAUGAAGUACAAAUAUUGUAAUAGGUGUAGCAACAUGGUGCUGGCCGCAUUAGUUGGUUGCGUUUUAGUAGCCACUGUCUGCGGCAGCAGUAGUGUUAAUAGUACUAGUGACCCAAAUGCUCUCACGGUGAAAGAGCAAAAGUGCUGCAAGGAUAUGGAUGUGCUCUCCGCUGCCCACUAUGGAUGUUCGAACCGGUCGGGAAAUGUAACGUACCAAGUGGUGCUUAACUGCUCGCAGCAUUACAUCAUCUACCAGGAACUGGAAAACGACGUUCACGUAGACUCGAAGGGUGCCUUAGUGGACGGAAACUACAAAGUUGACUGGAACGACUACUGUUCAGCCUCCCUUAAGGACGAUGAGGGAAUACAACCGGUGUUCAUGGUGUGCUUCAACACCGAUGCGUACGCGUCCAGCUUGACGUUCUACUUCAGCAAAGGAAUCAUGAUGCUGAUAUCGGUGUUCUUUCUGGCCAUCACACUUUACGUGUACUUCCUCAUCCCGGACCUGCGGGAGACACAGGAUAAGGUCACAUCGUUUGCCGUUAUCUGCCUGAUGAUGUUUAUGCUGGCUUUGAGUGUAGUGCAGCUGAGAGCCUCCAUUACCUACAGCUCUCUGUGCCCGGUGAUAGCGUUCCUGAUGUACUUCUUCCUGAUCAGUUACUUCGCCUGGUUGAACAUGGUGAUGGCCAACGUUUGGAAAUUGACAGUCGCACGGCGGUGGAAAAUAAAGGAGCGAGCUUGGUAUAUUCUGAAUCACAUCUAUGCCCACACGGUAGGAUUGACGCUGACCGGAAUGGUGUACAUCUAUCAUCUACGGAAUGCCACCUUCGGGGAGAUAUCCUGCUGGUUCAGAACGGAGCGAGAGCAGUCCUACUUCGUCUAUCUGCCGCUGAGCGUAAUGCUAAGCAUCAACAUCUUCCUGUUCGCGUGGACCAGCUAUCAUCUGCACUCGAGUGGGGACGACAUCAGUCCGGAUCGGAAAAAAGCACUGCGAUACAAAUGCAUGCUGUACUUGAAGCUGUUCCUGCUGGCCGGACUUAUCUGGAUUUUCGAAAUUAUCUCAUUCCACAUCGAGGCCCCCGAAGGUUCCCAAAACCGAUCCUGGUUCUGGAUACUUAUCGACUCGAUAAACUGUCUACACGGGGUGCUAAUAUUCUUCGUGCUAAUCGUGUGGCGGCAGCGCAUUAGGCGAGAGCUCUCGGGCCGGCGGAUAUUAUGCUUCCGUGGUCCAGCCAGUUGGGCCCAGCUGAAGGAUGAUGAGCAGGAGCAACUGGCAGACGAUAAUCGAGAGAACGGAAAGUAUGAUUUGAUCAUUAAGUAAACAGGAGUGCUUGACCCGGAUGGGAUGAUGAGAUGCGGUGUGUUUAUAUAUAGGUGCAGCAGCUGCAGCAGUAACAACGGCAGGAAUUGAUGAUUAACAGACGUUAAGUGUUAUCACUCAGACAUUAAGUAGAUGUUACAUUUAGAUUAGGAGAAUUCGUUGAAUGCUUUUAGAGUUACUUAAUGGAAUAUCCUUAUAUAUAUAUAUUUGAUUAUAAGUUUCACCACCAGCUUUGAAAUUUAACCAAUUGUUACUUGGAGGAUUCGAGUUUUGAAUUUAUCGAGGAAUGUGUUUGCUGAUGCCAAU